AUGCAGCUGAGCGUGCACCUGCACAUUCCCACAAAUGGUGUCGCAUUCCUUGUUCCUCCCAAGCAGAUUCCCGACCAGGUUCCAUCUCUUCUGCCCCUGCCUCAGGCCAGUUGUGUGGAAAGCUGUCGCCCAGGAUUUUUCAAGGUGGCUCGGGAAGGACAACCUAUUUGCUGCUAUGAUUGUACUCCAUGUGCAGAAGGGACCAUCUCCACUUUGGAAGAUGCUGAGCAUUGCCUGAAGUGUCCAGAAGAUCAGCAUCCAAACACGGACCGGGAUCAGUGCAUCCCAAAGGUCAUCACCUUCCUUUCCUAUGAAGACCAUUUGGGAAAUUUCCUCACUUGCAUGGCCCUACUCUUCUCCAUCGCCACAGGAAGCAUUUUGGGAAUCUUUAGGAAAUUCCAGGAAACACCAGUAGUCAGGGCCAACAACCGAGACCUCUCCUACAUUCUGCUUGUCUCCCUCUUGCUUUGCUUUUCAUGCUCCUUCCUGUUCAUCGGCCAGCCAAGAAGCGUCACCUGCUUGCUCCGACAAACAGCCUUCAGUAUCAACUUCUCAGUGGCCAUCUCUUCCCUCCUGGCCAAAACUGUCACUGUGGUUCUGGCCUUCCUGGCCACCAAGCCAGGCAACAGGGCGAGGAACUGGUUGGGGAGGACUUUGGCCAACUCCAUUGUCAUCUCCUGUUCCAGUGUCCAAGUAGUCCUCUCCACCAUCUGGCUGGGCACCUGUCCCCCUUUUCCUGACUCUGACAUGCACUCCCAACCUGGGCAGAUUGUUCUGCAGUGCAACGAAGGCUCUGUGGCCAUGUUCUAUGCUGCCCUCGGCUACAUGGGCUUCCUGGCUGCCGUCUGCUUCACGGUGGCCUUCCUGGCCAGGAAGCUGCCUGGGGCCUUCAAUGAGGCCAAGCUGAUCACCUUCAGCAUGUUGGUCUUCUGCAGUGUCUGGGUGUCCUUUGUGCCCGCCUACCUGAGCAGCAGGGGCAAGUACAUGGUGGCUGUGCAGGUCUUCUCCAUUGUGGCCUCCAGUGCAGGACUUCUGGGCUGCAUCUUCCUCCCCAAGUGCUACAUUAUUCUAGCAAGGCCUGACCUGAAUACCAAGGAGCAC